UUUAGCCAACUAUUGCAUUACAUAUAAAAAUAUGCGAUGGCAUUUUUCCCCAUCUCUAGUAAUCAGUUCAGUUAAAACACGGAAAAGGAAAAGUAGACAUGGAGAUUUCUCUCCGAACCUCUAACUGAUAUAGUCACUAAAAGCUAAAACAAUAUCCAUGCCUGAAUAAAUAAUCAUAGGAGAUGGCUCUUAGCAGUAUAAUACGGGGUGGGCGACUAGGGUGUGGCUGGCCCGGGGCGGUCCACAUGUGUUCCACCGCCCCAUUCCCAUCGGAUCUGGUCAUUCCCGAAGCUGUCAUUCGGUAUAUGGAUAAGAUGUCCCGGAAAUUCGAGAUUCAGGAGAAUCAAGCCCACCAAACGGCCGCCACCGUCCAAUUCAAGCGGAAAUUUCUACGGGUGCGGCCGCUCUUUGAGCAGAUUGAAGCCAUUCAAACGGAAGGCAAGGAACUGCACGCUUUGUCCCAAGAACCAGAGUUCCACCAAAUCGCCUUGAAAGACUUGAUUUCCUUAGCGGCAGACCAACAAAAGGCCUUAAAUAAUUUGAAACUCCAACUCUUAGAUCCGCCUUCUUACGACGAGAACAACGCCUCGGUGGAGGUCGUUCCGGGGGCGGGGGGGCUGGAGGCGUGUCUCUUUGCCCAAGAAGUGUUCGAUAUGUACACCAAUUAUAUGAGAGACAAUCUCGGUUUCAACGUGGAAGUGGUCGAGUACGAAAAGAGUUCGGUGGGACAAAGCUCAAAGUUCACCUCCACUACGGGUAUUCAGCGAGCCGUGGCCACGGUUCAAGGUCAGGGCGUGUUUCGGGCCAUGAAAUACGAGAGUGGAGUCCAUCGAGUGCAACGGGUGCCCGUUACGGGCUCUAAGAACGAUCGCCUCCAAACGAGCACGUGUUCAGUGGCGGUUUUGCCCAUACCCAAUGAAGAGGAUAUCGUGAUUCGGGACAGGGAUUUGAAGGUGGACUUCACGCGGUCCAGCGGACCCGGCGGGCAAAAUGUCAACAAGGUGGAUAGCGCUUGUCGGAUCGUGCAUAUUCCCACGGGAAAAGUGGCCGAAUGUCAGGAGGACAAAAAAGGCUUGCAGAACAAGAAGAAAGCCAUUUUGAAGUUGCGCAAGGCCCUCUUUGACGAACGAUACGCCACCGAAAUGGAUGUGUUGAGCCGAUCCCGGAAGUCGCAAAUCGGUAAUAUGAACCGCAACGAAAAGAUCCGGACCUAUAAUUAUUCGCGGCAUAUGAUUACGGAUCAUCGCGUGGGUCUGUCCAGAACCGUUCCGAAUUUGGCCAAUUUCUUUUUGGGCAACUUUGGGUUUGGCAUCUUGGAGGAGUUCCAAAAUCAAUUGGCACAACAGGAUCAGGAAAUCGCCUGGCAAGAACUAUUGGCUAGUGACCCUUAAUCAUGUGGAUAUUAAUUAGAUUGUUCACCAACUGUG